CUAUCGACCAAUCUGGUAAAACAGGACAGGUCUUAGGUAGGACUGUACCAGCUGUUCAGGUAGGGGUAUAUUUUGUUCUGGUGUCAGAUCUGUCUAUGACGCAGUGAUUUGAGGUGGUGUUAUUAAGGAUUAAGGUCAGGGCUCAACAAAGGAGGCAGAAGGGAGUGAGUGCUGUUUCUCUCCGUGAAGACGUUAAUACGCCAGUUGUUAAAAUUAGAGUUUCACUUUAAAAUGGUGUAGCCUGGAAUCUUGUCACGUGAUUUCGUUCCAAGAUGGCAGCGGUGGCGUCUGGGCUGGUGGCUGAGGCGGACGAAUUCGAGGACGCGCCUGAUGUAGAGCCGCUGGAACCGACGCUGAGCAACAUUAUUGAGCAACGAAGCCUGAAGUGGAUUUUCGUUGGCGGGAAGGGCGGAGUGGGCAAAACUACUUGUAGUUGUAGCUUAGCUGUACAGCUCUCCAAGGUACGCGAGAGUGUCCUCAUCAUCUCUACUGAUCCUGCUCAUAACAUCUCUGAUGCCUUUGACCAGAAAUUUUCCAAGGUUCCCACCAAAGUAAAGGGCUAUGAUAACCUUUUUGCCAUGGAGAUUGAUCCCAGUUUGGGUGUGGCUGAGCUUCCAGAUGAAUUUUUUGAGGAGGAUAACAUGCUAAGUAUGGGCAAGAAGAUGAUGCAAGAGGCAAUGAGUGCCUUUCCUGGUAUUGAUGAGGCAAUGAGCUAUGCUGAAGUGAUGAGGUUGGUGAAAGGAAUGAAUUUUUCCGUGGUGGUGUUCGACACAGCACCCACAGGACACACACUACGGCUGCUCAAUUUCCCCACAAUAGUGGAGCGGGGGCUAGGUCGGCUGAUGCAAAUAAAGAACCAAAUUAGUCCCUUCAUAUCCCAGAUGUGUAACAUGCUUGGCCUAGGAGACAUGAAUGCUGACCAGCUGGCCUCCAAACUGGAAGAAACACUCCCUGUCAUCCGCUCUGUCAGUGAGCAAUUCAAGGAUCCAGAACAAACCACUUUCAUCUGUGUUUGCAUUGCGGAGUUCCUAUCCCUGUAUGAAACAGAACGGCUUAUCCAGGAGUUGGCCAAAUGCAAAAUCGACACCCACAACAUCAUAGUCAAUCAAUUGGUCUUUCCUGACCCCGACAAGCCCUGUAAGAUGUGUGAGGCCCGGCAUAAAAUCCAGUCUAAAUACCUUGACCAGAUGGAAGACCUUUAUGAAGACUUUCAUAUUGUAAAGUUGCCACUUUUACCCCAUGAAGUGCGAGGAGCUGAUAAAGUCAAUACCUUUUCAAGUCUUCUACUGGAGCCCUAUAAACCACCCAGUGCAAAAUGAACCCCUAUGGGCCAACUCCCCCUAAUUGCCCCUGUACCAUUCCAUGCCUGCUGUUCCCUAUUCUUUUCCUGAUGGAAUUCAAUCUUUUCCACUGGCUUCUCAUCUGUUGAAAUUAUAUGACUGGCAGUCUUGUGGUGGAGCUAGAAGAAGCAGAACUGGCAUUCUCACUUAUUUCUACUCUGAUACACUGAUUAUUUAACUUCCUGGGACACCUCAAAACCAGCUACAACAUUGAAUCCAUUCCCUUCACUGACCAACUACCUAACUUAAAUGUGUAUCACUUUUUUGUUUAUUUCUCUGUCACUUGGUUUCUCUUUGGUUCAUAUCUCCUGGGAUUAAUGUCAUUCUGGUUGAGAUGCCAGUCAGGUGCUGUGAUGAUGAUACAGAAGCUGUCAGUUCAUUUACAACAUCAGGGUCAUCAUGCUAAUGAGAAGUAUGUAAAUAAAUUGUAAGGGAAAUAAUUUCACUGCUUCUUGUUACUCAAACUGUCACAUUGAUUUAUACUGGAAAUUGUCAGAGGAACUUGAGGCAAAACAUGGAAAUUAUUUGAGGAGGGGAUGCUUGCUUUUAGGGGAAUAUAAAGCCACUGAGAAAGUCAUCUGCUUAAAUUAUUUGCUUGUUUAAGGUUACAAAAGCAUUAACAAUGAGGACAUUUUAUCUUUCAUAAUAGCUUUCUGACCCUGAAAUGCAUAAGUGUGGAAAACUGAGACUGAAAAAUGGGGAAGGGAAUAGAGGCUUUUAGAGACAAAUUAUAGGUCUCUAAAAUCUUUGGGUAUAUGUACAGGUCAUUUUCUAGUCCUGUGGGGUGCCAGUUCCUUCACUCAAAAGAAAAUUCUGGUAUUAAAAUGUCUAUGUAUGCACUGUCUAUGAAAUUCAUAUGUGUUUGUGUGCUGGAAAGCAAGAGGAAAGAUAGUGUAAAUUGGAAUGAAGCAGCCAUGGUAGAGCUGGACUUAUUGCUUAUUAGUUACAACUGAACUCUUCCAGAGUUCAGAAGUGUCCUAAUAUUGUAUCUACUGUAAUUUAAUUCUAAGAAAAUUAGAAGGAAAAUGACUACACGGCUUUGGAAUCUUUCACUGGGUACAAUGUAAAACAGAGGGAGGGAGAGGCUGGGUGUUAGUAGUUCAUGGCUCUAAUCUGCUAUUUUUGUGCUUUGAGAGCACAUCCCAUCACUUUUUAGAGGUUUGGGACCUGGUCUUGAUGACUGAAAUAAGCAUGAGCUGAUUGCUAGCUUUAAGUACUUUGCAACUUUGAAUCUUAAACUUCAGAAUACAGAAAUUUCCUUUUGUAAAAUAGACUGAGUUCUUUGAAGACUUUCAUUUGUUUGUAGACAAAGGAGUGUGUGUGCUCCUACAGUACACUGAUUUUCAAAAGACAUGGAAUUUAAGAACUUGGAUCAGAUAUUUGAUUAUAUGAUAUUUUCUGUGAUAUAGGCUUCAGCUUCUCAAAGCAAGGGACUAUGGAAUUCUUUUCUGGCUUCUUUCUUAUGUAGUAUGGGUGACUGGAAUGAAAAUGCAUGUGGCAAAAGUCUGAAUUUUGUCACUGAAAAAGACUGAAUCCCACUGCUUCUCCUGUGGCAAAAAGAAGUGUGAGGGUACCUUUAUUUUUAAAUUGCAGAUUUUUAAUUUGUAUAAAGUGUGGUCCAACAAUUGGAUGGAUAAGCAGUACUUGAGGAGAAGAUACAUGUAGAAUAACAAGGUUACUAACCUCAUAGCCUCUCUAGGUUACUCCUCAGUAGAUAGAGACAGGUCAAACUGCUGUAAUUCUGAAAGCCUUCCUAAUAAAUCUUUCUCUUCUCUCUCUCUUUUUUAACAGUUUUAUAAUGUAAGCUAUGAAAAACAAUGAAUUUUGAGCAAUGUUUGUUCAAGAUAUGUUUUUUAGAGUUACUACAACUGUGAAGAACAUUGCCAGAACCGUGUCAACUGCAAUAUAUUGUAUAUAAACCUUUUUCUGAUGGGAGGAAAUAACUGCUUGUUCAGGGACCAAAAUUCAGAGGUUUUCUUUGGGAGUGGACCAAAGCUUUGAAGUUCCCAAAUUCUCUCCCUGGGCAUUCCUACUUAGAAUUAAGCAGAUGGUGAAGUGAAAGACCUCUUGAGACCCUAUCAGAUGGAAGUCGAUAGUUUUCGUCUCAAUGAGUUAAAAGUCUGGCUUGGUCUAAGGCAAUACUUUUUAUUCAUCUACAUACAGAUAUUUUGGAAUUACUGAAUAUUAGUACAGCUGUGUCUACAAUACUGGUUUCCAAAACACAGUUUACAUAUUCUUGCCAACAUAGAUACUAAACAUUGUACAGGUAUAUAGAAAAGUAUAACUUGUGAGGCUGUGCCUCUUAAAAUGGUAUCUAGAGUUCAAGUAAGUCUAAUGUUAAAUGCCAUGCACACUGCUGGAUGUGGAGUAACUCCAGUGCCCAAUUGUAUAGUCUGAAAUACCUACAUGAACCUUAUAGAUGGAAGCCGUGGAUGGCAGCUUGCCAGGAGUUCCAUUGAAGAGAUUUAGUUUGUCGUAGUUAUGCUUGUUCUUGAUAUUUCAGGGUUCUAUUUUCCCCAAGUUAAUGGCAGAGUACAGUGGUGAAAGUUUGUGAACCCUUUAGAACUAUCCAUAGCACUGCAGUAUUGUGGCCUACAAUGUGAUGUGAGCUUCAUCUAAGUCCCAUUAGUAAAUAAGGUUCUCUGUCCUGUGUCAUGUUUUUAUGGACCGUUCACUUUUUGUUGGAGACAGUAUGUGAAGCUUUAGAUUUAGUAACUGGUGGCAUCUCCUUUAGCAACAAUGACUUCAACUAAAUGUUUCCUGUACCUCUUGAUCAGUCCUGCACAUCAAUGUGGCAGUAUUUCAGCCCAUUCGUUUUUACACCCACCUCAGGUGUAAGGCCAGCUUUAGUGGUCUGAUAUGUAAUGCUCCUAUAAGUUAGACUGAGGGGCUCCAGUGAUGUUAGGGGUCACCAAUAUUGCUGACUCAGUGGGUUCAGGAAGUCCAGAGGAGAUUCCAGCUGCAGGGCUAAUUGUCGUCAAGCACCUUGGAGAUGAGGCAAAGUGAUUGGGAGGGGCAUUUUUAGUGAGAAAGUUGGGAGUGAUGACUAGUUUUGGGGCACCAGAGGGAGGGUGCCUAUUUGCCAUGAAAGUCUUAUGGGUUGCAUAGGGGGUUGUUGAUUGUAAUAGAAGAUGCAGUUGGUUAGGUUGAGUUACUCUACUAGCUGACCAUUUGGUUGGUUGGUGUGGAGGUUGGGAAGAAGCAGUCAUGUUGGGUUAAUGGUGGAAAGGGUCUUGGGCUACAGGAAUACAAGGGAAAUGGUCAGAUCUUGUUUGUAUUAGGUUCAGAGAGAGUUGAGAGGGGCUCCCCAUUGUCCAUUUCAGAAUAAAGAAGAUCAUUUUGUUGGUAACCUCAUUUCCAACCUGGUGACCUUGGCUUCAAAUUGCUGAUCAUAGAUUCAUUUGCUAUAGGUUUUUGUUCAUAUCUGAGUGUGUGGUGGACAGACAGACAGACAGACUUAAUACUUAUUGCCAAAACCUGGAUGGGCAAAGAUGG